AUGACUGGAACACUGACUUACCCGGGAAUAGCCGGAGCGGUGUCGAUUAGUAAGCACAGCACAGAGAACAGACAAUUACAAAUAAUUUAUUCUAGAUACCUCUACAAGAACAAGCAGUAUCGAGUUGCCAGUCUUUUGUACUACUUAGAUCAGCUCAGAGCUCAAGUGCGACACAUAAUCAUGUUCACUGGCAAGUUGGAACUCAACUUGAACGUUGCAAACACUGUGAUUCUCUCCUUCAAGUUGCUCUCGAUGCGUUCUGGUACCUCCACUGAGGCCAAUGUUGAACUGGCUGCUGGUCCGGCAACACCUCAAGCUGAGGUUGCUUGUUUGCCGGUAGUCAUGAAGGCCGCUGAUGAUGCCAAUAUGUAA